AUGAUGCAGCCUCUCAUUGAAAGCCAAGUGGAUUUACUCGUGUCUCAGUAUCUCCAGCUGCUUGAACCACAAUACCUCUGUUUCCCGCCAAAUAAUGCUCUUCUCAGACCCGCUGUUCAGCAGCUGAUCUACCAGAGAAUGUUCGAUGAAACACUGGUUUGGCCUAUCCCUCCACCAGGCUAUCGUAUCCGGGUCCUAAAAAUGCUUAUAUCUAAACUGGAGAAGUCAAUUUCUAACACUGACGAGGAUGAGGUCUUAGAUGAUCUCAUGAGGAGCUAUAGUGAUCUCAUCAGUUGCCCACGAUUGCCCCCUUUUGAAGAAGCGCAGAAGUUGUCUUACAUUCGCUACACAGCCCCCAAAGCUUCAUGCGGACGCCGUAAUGAUCAAUUCGUCAUAACGUUAGAAAACCGCAAUCUCAUACUUGCUUCGAGAACUACCGGAUUCCGCACAUGGGAAGCGGCCUUGCAUCUUGGCACUUACCUUACAACCCCGGAAGGCAGGUCGCUAAUUGAAGAGAAGAAUGUCGUUGAGCUCGGGAGUGGUACGGGGCUUCUUUCCAUGUAUUGUUUGAAAUGUCUUGGUGCCCGGAGAGUGACGGCUACGGACAGAGACCCUGCAUUGAUAUCUAGCAUCAAGGACUGUGCAAUCCGGAACGAUCUUUCUCGCAGUAGAAUCGAUGCAGAGAUAUGGGAAUGGGGAACUCCAUUACAACCUAACCAGCCUCCCUCGUCAAAAGAACCGUACCAAUCAUUUGAUGUUGCACUUGGAGCUGAUCUGAUAUAUGACAUGGACCUUGUACCCCUUUUAUUAUCAACGUUACGAGAAUUAUUUGACAAGCACGGAAUCAAAGUGUUCAUUAUAUCUGCCACACUUCGAAACCCGGAAACGUUUAAUGAUUUUCUUAAAAAAUGCGAUUUUGAAUCUCCACCCUUAGGAUCCCAGGAUGGAUUUUUCCACAAAACUGACGUUCCCAUCCGGACGUACAGGAUCUCAGCCCCCUUACUUCCUUGA